GAAGGAGAGUGACGUCAUACGUUGUUUACGGCAGAUAAAACUGUUGCAGCUCAGCUCUCCAACCUCUGUCUGUGCCGGAGCUUAUUUACCUCUAUUAAUAUAUAUGCAUUCAGCCUCGGUUUGUUUGUGGUCAUGUGUGGAGAAUAAAGCAGGAUAAAAUGGCUCUGGACUGUUAAGGUAAAUGAAUUAAAAGUUUUCUAUGCGGUUUAUGGUUGUUGUUGAUGGUCUGUUAGCUUGUAUGCUAACUGUGCUAAGAAUGACAGUCGAGUUUUCACUAAGUCAGUUUGUGCUGAAAUUGAACUUUACGUUUAGACUACAGGGUCUGUUUAGUGCCUAACGUAAGCUUUACUACGACCCAGACCAACACCUCCGAUUUCCUUCAUAUCUAAGUCUAAUCAUAGAUAAUAAAGUAGCAGUCAGUGGCCUUUUGAGGGGUAGUUACCUCCAGCUGCAACACAAAAAAUAUAGAUAAUUUCAUAGACAAGUAUGUGAAAUAUGGAUCAGUUCUAUUAACGACUGCUAUGAGGCUUAAUGAAUGCGUCUUUACACCGGGGCUGGGACGAUAUGCAUUUCUCCCAAUUCGAUUUUUCUACGAUUUUUUUGGGAUGCCGAUUCGAUUUAAAUUGCGAUUCUACGAUAUUGUCGACUUUCUCGAUAUUUAGCCUGCAUUUUUAACACCAGUGAAACAGUUGAAUGAUUAUGCUUGUCUACUGGCUAUUCCAGGAACAAUAUUUCCCCCAAAAAUAAGCGUCACAUGUAAGUCAGUUUUUAAGAUUAAUUCUUAAAUUUGAAACAAAAAAAUCAAUUUUUGAACAAAAAAAAAUCAAUUUAAAAUUUAUAAAACAAAAAAAAUUGCGAUACUUAUAUCAAUUAAUUGUUUUCUCCUACUCCUACUUUACACUCACACCUGUAUGUGAGGGGGUUUAACUAUGUGCCUUAAGCAACAGGUGGACAUUUUCUUUAUGUGUGUUGCAAUGAGGAAAACUGGGCAAGUGUAAGGAUCUGAAUCAAGUUGUUGAAGACUAAACUGUAAAGUUUAGACAACUAGAUGAGAGCAACUCCAAAUCUGCAGAUCCUGUGGGGUUUUUCCAGACUUGCAGGGCAGUGCCUGAAGUGUCCUAAGGAAGGGGAACUGGUGACAGGGUCGUGAUUGACUGGGGUUCAUUUCGGGCACAGAAGGCUAGCCCGUGUGGUCUGACUGCAGAAAAGCUACUGGAGCUCAAGUUGCUGAAAAAGUUUACUCUAGCUCUUAUAGACAAGUGUCAGGUUCAGGUAUCCAACUUUUCUACCAACAAAUGCCACUUUGACAAGUUCCUUAGCAUCAUAAGUAGACCGCAGAGUAAUGGAAGAAGGCGACUUGGAGGAAACAUGACAGCUUUUUUUACUUGUUCUCCAAAUUUUCCAAAUCUGGUUCCAACUGAAUAUCCCUGGGUUUUUUUUGUACAACAAAUGGAAGCCACACCUCACAACUCCCAGGAGGGUGCUAUUGUUCCGGUGCUGGAUACCACAGCACACAUUCAGGGGGCUUUUUUAGUCCUGACAUGAUGACUGAUGACAGGGCCCUGCAUACUAUUAGUCAGGUGGUCCGUAUGUUUUGGCUGACAGUGUCUAAUACCUGUAAAAAGGAAACAAUAGACAUUGGUGCAAUGGAGAGUGCAAGGAUGCCAAGAAGAACACUAUAUGGACCAGAGUAAUAUAGUCAGAUGGCUGUAGAUUAACCUUUGAUAUCCUGAUGAGUUAUCCAAUCAAAGUAAGGGCCUUAAACAGCAACAACAAACGAGAAUUCACAUAUCAGUUGUGCACGGCGUAUUUUUGUACUUCACAUGCACAGCUGAUUUGAUUAUGAUACAUGAUGAACUGUUCCUGAUUUCCUAACUGAGUUAAAGGUUUUUCAGAGCUUGAUCAAAACUGUUGUUUGAAGAGUUUAUGUUCAGGGUGUUGGGUCAGCAGUGAUGUGUCCUGGCUCUGGGUUGGUAUGAGAUCAGUUAGGAUCAGUCUAGCACAUAAAAUCAGACUUUGGACUUUUUGAGUACACUGUGCUCCUGUUUGUAAUCAUAUCUGUAGAACCUUGAACAAACUUAUAUCCCCCCUCGCAAAGUUAACCUGAGGUAUAUACUCAGGUACUCAGUGCAGCAGUUCUUGGUUGUAUUAAUCCUGUUUCCUGCAGUAUUUUCUUUGCCUGCUCUCAAACGAAAGCUUCUGUCCACUAAUGCCUCUGUUCAUUUUUCUUUCACGAAACAGGAAUGCCUCAAAGAAGGGGGUACUGCCAAGUCUCCUUCUGCAGGGGUUAAGAGAUUUUCUCAGACAUGGCAACUGAACUCCAUGAGACCAUUUUCAUGGCCAAGCAGGAGCGCCAUAAGAACCUGUUCCUGAACUACAGAAACCUGAAUAAUUUCCCGGUGGAGCUGCUGAAGGAUGAAGGUCUGCAGUUUCUGGAGAGACUCUACAUGAAGAGGAACUCACUCACUACACUGGUAUUUACUUUUUACAUAAUGACGUAGCUGUGUGACAUUCUCUAAUACAGCCGAUUACUGUUCUACACAAAUAACAGAACAUGACAGGAGACUGCUCUACAGAUGUUUGACAACUUCCUACAAAAAUAGGCCAACAUACCAGCGCAGCAGUUUGUAUCUCCUGAUUAUUUCUACCUCUUUCUUUCUCUCCCUCUCUCUCACUCCUCCCUCUCUCUCCCCCUCAGCCUGAUAAUCUUGCCCAGAAGCUUCCAAAUCUGAUUGAACUGUAAGUAUUUAGCUAAGCUGUUUGCUUUCUACAAGUUAUGAAAUCAGCUGUUAUCUGAUGGCAAAGGCUUUUAUGGCAUGAGUUGUCUGUGGGUUUUUAUGGGACACAGUUACAGGAACAGGGUCAUGGCUGUUGAAUUUUAGUGAUCUCGCGUUUGUUCUUAACAUAUUCAGGAAGUCUUAAUUUUAUACUAAUUAAAAUUCUCUUUUUUAUUUUCAAGGUACUUACACUCAAACAACAUAGUCAUUAUUCCUCAAGGUAAGUCCUUGUUUUCGUCUAAAUAGUAUUGAGCAAGUACUCACUCUGACUGAGAGGUGUUAUGAGAGGCUGUGAUCAGUUACUGCUUUAUAAAAAAAACAAAUAUAUGGUCAAUUUUGAUCUAAUGUCAGUAAAACAUAACAGAACAGCAGCUGGGAUACAGGGGAUUGUUUACCAUUGUGUUGCAUCAUCUCUUCUUUCAACAACUAAUGGGAACAAAGGAGACCGGUGUCCAAUGUUUUACAAGUCAAAUGCUGUCCUUGUUUUAUUGAUGAUUUCAGCUGGCCAACAGUUCAUGUCUUCUUUAUUAGAUAUUUUGCAUCAUCAGAACGCCCUUUAUUGUCAUUAUACUGAAGCAGGCCAGUUUAGCACCCAGACUCCUCUGCAUCUUCUUUCUGCAUUACAUAAGGUCCUCCUUGAGAAAAGCAUUAUCUAGAUGGCAGCACAUGUUGCCCCAAAACCUGUAUAUAUUGUCCAGUCCUCCCAGAUGAACGAACUAGUGUCAUGGGCCCUUGUUCAUCCCCAGAACCAUCAAGGAUGCUGGUCUUUGAACUGUGCGCUGAUGACAAACAGGGUCGUGCCUCCCAUGGUUAGGGUGGAGAAUGUGGCGUUCAUUAUUUUAAAAAAACAUAGUUUGAUUUGACAGAUCACAUGACUGUUUUCCUCUUCAGUCCACCUUAAAUUGGCUUUAGUCCAGAGAAGUCAUCUGCAUUUCUGGAUGAUGUUCUUAUCUGGUUUCCUCUUUGCAUGGUACAGUUUUGGAUGCAGUGACAAACCGUGUUCACAGAAAAUAAGUUUUGGAAAUGAGUCUUAAUGCUGCGCCAAAUAAGAGCUCAAAGAUUAUGGACAUCAGUUUUCCGUACAGAGAUUUCUUCAAAUUCUCAGACUCUUGAGUGAUAUUAUGCACUGUUGUCAAUGAAAUACUCCAAGUACAUACAGUUUGACUCUCAGGAACAUUAUUCUGGAAUUACAGGACUAUUACUCCCCCCAAUCUCUCAUGUAAUGGUGAAUUAUUUCCCAUAUUCACUUCUAAGGGACUAAGCCUCUUCUUUCAAUCUUUCAAUACCUACUUCAAUACCUAAUUGAAUUUCCCUUCAGGGAUUAAUAAAGUUAUUCCUAUUGUUGCAGAUUAACCAAACUAAUUGAGAGAUGUUCCAUUUUUAUCAUAACACAUUUUAUCAGUGUUUGUUUUUUGUCUCAGCUUUGAAACAUGAAGCUGACAUCAAAUUUAAAGUAAGCAAACAUUGUGAUAGUCACACCUGAGCAGCAGGUUUCUGCCCAAACAUUGACGCAAUAGGUUCAUACAAACUAGCAAAUAAAUUGACAGUGUGGAUGUGAGGUACCCAUCAGCAGAGGUGAAAAGUUUCCACCUACUGGAGAGUAAACAGAGACCAUUUCCUGGCACUUGCUCCACUUGUCAUGAAGUGAAAUAUGCAGAUCUAAUGUAACCCUCUGAACCAGCAGAGAAGUGAUUCAUAAAAGACAGUUGCCUCUGAGUGUGACUGUGAACACAUAGUCUAGAGUUUAAACUGCUGUUUGCUUCUGUCUUCUUUAAUUUUGCUUUUAUUCAGCAAUUUGUCAGUGAUCUGAUUUAUUGAUCUACGUUGAGUUUAUUGUUUCAGCGCAGUUACAGCAUCUUUAAUUUAUCCCCUCAGCGAUUGGAAACCUUGCCAGACUGCAGUCACUGGACCUCAGCAAUAACGCGCUCCAGCUCCUCUGUCCAGAGAUUGGCCGGCUGAGGUCUCUGCGGCACCUGAGGCUGUCCAAUAACCACCUGAAAUACCUUCCCCAAGGUAAAACUCAGCGGCUGUCUGUCUGUACCGUUCGCCUAUUACACCUUGCAGUCCCACAGCACCAGGAUGAAAGUCACGCCUUUGUUCUGACACAUUUAACUGCAACAGCACUAUAUAUAUUGGUGUCCCAGAGUGGUGCUCCCUGUUGCAUUACUCGUUUGCAGAAACCCAGCUUCUGAACACACAGCUACACACAUAUGAAACCGUUCCACAUUGCCACCACCUUUUCCUUGUUCUGCUUUUGUUAUUUAUACCGGUCUGUCUCUGUGCCCUACACACCACACAUGAGACAUAACAGGGGUGUAAACAAUAAUUGUUUUUUUUGGGAUGAUCUUCACUUAAAAGAAGGGUUUAUGUCACAUGCUAACUCGACUUCAUAGAGAGGAUAUCAAAGAUUUUUAUGUUGCAUUUUACUCAUUUUUUGAUCAGUGACAAACAGCCUGGAAAGAGUUGUAAAUGUCUAGUAUGCCAGCAGAGGGCGUCAGACUCAAACUGAUAAAAAGAAAAAGGACAUCAAGCCAGGUAUUAGACCUACAAUGAAUAUAAGUUUCUUUGUCAUAUCACAGGAGAUUAACAAGCAAAAUUGUCACUUUUUGUAAAUAAUUCAAAGACUUUGUGGAUGCUUCAGUUUUCUCCAGAGAGCUUUGAUUUGCAGAGAUGUUGGAUGCAGGUUUCUGUGUCUGCUUGCCAGUGAAGUAUCAGUUUGUCUCUUAUAUCCAGAUAGUUGUGAUUUCUGAUUUCCUCUUUUUUUUAACACACUCUCUGUGUAUUGUGUAAUCAUCACAUUCUGUUGUUUUGUCAUUGUGUUUAAUGUGCCAGGAAAUAUAACUGAUAGUUUAAACCCAGCACAGCUCAGCCUGAUUACAAAAGUCAUGGAUUACUGGACUCUUCUCAAAUGACUUUUUUCUUCCACUUAUUGAAAGUCUAUGUCCUCGACAUACAAAGAAAAGAUAUGAAGAUAUCACAAGAGUUUAUAUUGAAUGCUUUCUUUUGGUUACAGACUUUGAAAGAAUAUUAGAUUACCUGAAAUGAUAAUGCCUCUGAUAGCUGGAAAUACAAAGGAGCAGAUUCAUCAAAAGAUGAUCCAAAAAUAUUCAAAUGAAACUCAUCCACUCACUCCAACUCCUGUUUUUCUAAGAGUUAGUGAUCUGAUGAUUCAGGCUCUGUCUCCUGUCUGUGUGAAACCUCUUAGAAAUCGGUGAUCUGCAGGAGUUGGAGACUCUGGAUGUCUCCAUGAACCAGCUGAUAUCUUUACCAGAACGGCUGCACCGCUGUGUGUCUCUGCAGAAUCUGACGGCCGACCACAACCAGCUGAGCCACGUUCCCCGGCAGGUCUGCUGGCUCCACCGCCUCAACCAGCUCUCUAUGGCUGCUAACCGGCUGACCUUCCUACCGCUCGGUUAGUAAACCCCUUUAACUGUGGGUUGACACAACUAUGAAUUAAUACUGCAGUGAGGAGGACGGAGCUCAUUAUAGUGUGCGUGUGUGUGUUUCAGAUCUGGGCAGAUCACGAGAGUUGCAGUUCGUGUUUGUGGACAACAAUAUUGACCUGAAGGGCCUCCCGUCCUACUUAUAUAACAAAGUCAUCGGCUGCAGCGGGUAAUACGCUUCUUCAGUAUCCUGUGAAUAAAGUUUUAUUCAGCUGGUUAAAUUUGAAUAAGGUUAGCUCCAUGUGUCCAGACACAGAGGAGAAACUUCACAGAAUGAGUGCAGGUCCAUCAUGUUGCACAAAAGUCUCAGACUGUAUCUAUGUGCUGCUACCGUUCAGGUGUGGUGUGUCAGGCCAGGUGUUGGAGAGUGACCUGGGUGAGGCGCUGGGAGAGGCACUAAGUGAGGCCCUGGUCGGCCUCCCAGCUGACGUGAAAGUAGUGGGCUCAGAGACGGAUAACGUGGUCCCUUUGGAGGAGCUCACCAUGAGGACUCUGCAUAAAAUCUACAGCCAUCGCCCAACAGGUGAGAAAGGUUCAACACACACAUUAAACAUUUGUCAGGGUAGUUUCCCUCCAGGUGAUCAUUUCCUGAUAAUACUAGUGUGAUACGGGAUAUUACAACAGAUGUGUUAGUUAGAUGAUGACCGAAGAGCAUUCCCGCUCCUGAAUUCAGGCAGAUGGUAAGCCUCAAAAGAAAAUUCAAAGUGGAUGAAAUCAAUUUGGAUUAAUUAGUCUGUUUGUUGUUUUCUUAUCUGAACCACAAAGUGUUAUAAAACUCCGGCCAAAGCAGCCUGAAACAGGGAGCUCUGUUUUUCUUUCCAAGUCUUUGUUUUUUAGGUGCUGUCAAAAAGGCAUUUUCCUUCCACUGUCUGCGGCUGAAUCCCUCUUAAUGCAGCAUGACUUUGUUAUUGAAUGUUAGGUCCUCUGCCAUCAUCUUGUCCGUCAGUUGUUUGUUUACAUCGCUCGAGGUCAUCUCUCCCCGCUGUCAACAUGUGACAAGUGAAAUCUGACUCUUGCUACUCUGUGCUGUGACUCUGCAGCUGCUGCUGAAAACAGCAGACGCUUUCAGUUUAUCAUUGCAGCAUCCAGACUAUGAGGUUGUCAUAAUACCACAUUUUACGCUCACAAUCAUCUUGGCUAUAAAGAAAAUGGAAAAAUAUGGAAAAACUGGAGAAAACAAUCCAACGAGUCAAAUUUAAAGAACGGAGGUGGAGCCAUUAACAGAAUUAACUCACUUAACGUCAUCAUCCAUUUAUAUCGAUGUUCAGUCAUGUGUCAUCUGCGCCAACUAGACCUGUAACAGAAACGUCUUUAAAGAGGAGAUUUUCUCAGAGGACAAUUGUACUGGCUGUGUGAACAUGUGACAACUAUCUCCCGCUGUCUUCAUAUGUCUGGGCUAUUGGGUAAGGUGGCAAGAUGGAAACCUUCUUACAAAGAAAAACAUCAAAGCCCGGCUUAAUUUUGCAUAAACACAUCUGAAAUCUCCCAAACGCAUGAGGGAAAAUGUGUUAUGGUCUGAUGAAACCAAAGUUGAACUUUGGGCAUCAUUGCAAAAGGUAUAUUUGGCUCAAAAUCAACACUGCUCAUCACCAAAAGAACACCAUACCCACAGUGAAGCAUGGUCGUGGCAGCAUCAUGCUUUGAGGCUGUUUUUCUUCAGCUGGAACUGGUGCCUUAGUCAGGGUGGAGGGAAUUAUGAACAGUUCCAAAUACCAGUCAGUGUUGGCACAAAACCUUCAGCCUUCUGCUGGAAAGAUGAAGAUGAAGAGGAACUUCCUCUUUCAGCACGACAAUGACCCAAAGCACACAUCUAAAUCAACAAAAGAAUGGCUUCACCGGAAUAAGAUUGAGACUUUGGAAUGGCCCAGCCAGAGACCAGACCUGAAUCCCAUUGAAAAUUUGUGGGGUGAUCUGAAGAGGGCUGUACACAGGAGAUGCCCUCGCAAUCUGUCAGAUUUGGAGCGGUUUUACAAAGAAGAGUGGGCAAAUAUUGCCACAUCAAGACGUGCCACGCUGAUAGUGCUGUAAUAAAAGCCAAAGCUGUUUGUUUUUCAAUUGCAUUGUACGGGUUAUAGGUCACAUUAAAGGUGGAAAAAGUUGUGAAAAUAUUUAUCUUGCUGUCAUUUUCUUACAUCACUAAAACCUGGCAGUUGAACAGGGGUGUGUAGACUUUUUAUAUCCACUGUAUCAUGAUUUUUUAAUGCUCAGUAUGGAACUGUGAGAACGAAUCAGCUUAACUGAAACAUCACUGAUUGCACCAAACAAAUAUUAUGAAUGACACCUUUCACCCUAAAUGGAAUAAGUGUUCAUGUGCAAGUUGGUUGUGAAUAAAGACAAACUAUAGAGACUGUCCAUACUUCAUAGCUAUAAAUGCUACUGUCAGCUGAGCUCUACUGCGGUACCAGCAGACAGCAGGACUACAAACUCCUCUCGGCAGUAGACAUAGCUCCACAGCUGCACAGAAAGUGCACAUUGUAGACACAAAGGAAGUCUCCAUACUGGAUGAUAGGUUAAACCUCUUCCCCUCUGGGAGCCCCUCAGUAACAGACUGCCUUUUACAUACCAGCAUUUUUCAUAUUCUGUAUUUUAAGGUAUUUUAGCUGCAUAGUUUUGAUAAUUCUCUUCCACAUUGUGUUUUCAGACCUCAACCUGCUGCCCCCCAUCACCCUCCCAAAGAGUCUGCUGGACCUGCUGCAGUUCCCUCUAGGACACUGUCACCGCUGCAGUCAGGUCAUGUUUACCAUCAUCUACCCUAAACUCUUUCCACUCCGAGACACUGCACUUGCAGGAGUGCAUCGCAGGUUAGAACAAACUCACUUUUAUCACAUAUAAAGCUCAAACAGAGUAGGUACUGCUAGGCGAUUGGGCAAUUCCUCUUUUUCAUUAUUAUGUGCAUAGUUAUUUACCAAUCGUGUGUUUGCCAGAGGAUUGUUUAAAGUGAAUCAUUCUCAUGUGUUUCCUCUCUUCUUCUUUACACUGAAGGACGACAGUAAGUUUUGUGGCCUAUUGCUGCUCCAGUCGCUGCCUUCGGACCUUCAAUCUCCAGGGAUGACAUUAUUUUGGUUUUUUUUUAUUGCCCCAUAAACGUUUGCUCAGGAGCUGCUGGGUGGUUUCCAGAAGGUGACCUACAGUUGUUUGUAUUUUGUGUGAACCCUAAAGGUCUUUUUGGAGGAUCUCUGUGCUUUAUUGGUGAUACUGAGCACCACAGAGGAGCAGCAUCUGUGCAAGGCGUCAGUAGAAGAAGGACCAAGACUCAAACCACCAUGAUGGUCCUGAAGGAAGGUUGUAUGCCAGUAUGGUGGGGGUCAAAAAGGAAAGCACUGUGUGUGAACAGUGAUUGUCUCAUUUCACAAGCUUUUUCUAACAGUAUUAACAUGUGAAGUAACUUCUCACAAAUGUGCACUUUUCAAGAACGAGCACUGUUCAGUUUUGGGUGAAUCAGUCAUUUUCCAUACAUCCAGCUGAUUGUGGACUCAUAUUCAAGGUAGAAACACGGACUGUGUAAAACAUUUGAAGUCAAGUUUGUUUGACUAAUUUCUGAAGAAAAUUUGAAGGUUUCUAAUUGAUAUUUGGUGUUUAAAAAACAUUUAAUAUGGUCUGAGUUUGUCGGAAUCUAAACUAUUAAAACAAGCCAAGGAUACUCGUCCUCUAAAUUCAUUAUCAUUGUGGAUUUAAUUGUGUUAUAAGUUGCAUUGAAGUAAAUAUUUUAACCCAUUUUGGCGAAUAUCACACAUUAAAAGAAAAUAUUUUUAUCAUUACAUGCACUGAUAUUCACUCUGCAUUAAGUCGCCAAGAUCCUAGAAUGUCUCCGUUGUUGCACCAGUUUUGUCCUGUUCAAACCCCUGCAGACUUUUUCAGUUUGAAGUGAAGUUUCUGUCUUUCUGUUGUGGAAAGAAAGGCGUGUACACCUCUGCAGCACUGUGUGGUUCUCCUGUUGAACUGACUCUUGCGUGUCGUGUUUGUUACUGUCUUGUACCAUUUUUUUAUUUAUCAUUUGUUUUUGUUGAGUUGCAUUUAACAGUAAAUGUUGACUGAUGUUGGUUUUGUCUUUGAAUUUGCUUCUUUUUUCAACCCAAAGAAAGUUUGUCAGAGUGGAUACGUAAAAAUGUGUCUCUGUUAAAAUGGAUAUUUAAACUUGAAACACUCAUCCACAAAAAUAAAGUUUUAACGACAAAAAAAAAAAAGCACGAACACACAGAGACCAUUCACUUUGUCCUCUAACUUGAACCCUUCUUUUUACACCCUGUCUGACCGGAGUAUAAAUAUGUAUGUGUUUGUGGAUACGAUCACUGACAGUCUAUAACUCUGUCCAUAAUUUACAUCUACCUUUUAGUGUCAGAACUGUAAGAGCUCAGUGGCUCCCCUGCAUAUAAAACACAGACCUGACAGACAUCCUGACAACAGAAAGGGUGUUUAUCAACCAAGACAGGGAGGUUAUGCUCACUUCCAGAGUCUGCCUGUCCCUCUGCCAGGGUUACUAUCUCCAACAUGCAUGGAGUAGAUAUUCCCUCAUCCUGUCAUCCUCCCCCCUGAUGAUAAUGGCCAAAAGUCUCUUCCCUCUCACACAAAGGCAAGUCUACUCAGAGUAAAUCCAUAAUGAUCAUCAGAGGUGCUCUGAGACAAUCUGAACCCUUGAAGCCUCAUGGUCGUGUGCAUGUAUGUAAGUGAUAACAGGGAGUUAUGGAAAGGUGGAGCAGAAAGCACAGCGGCUCCAUUACCAUGAUCAAUAUUGUGUUAGGGUGAGUGUGAGACCAUGAUCUUCUCUGCCUUGUGCUUCAGCUGUCUGAACUCCCAGUGGGACUAUCACAUCUCUGCUGACUGCAAAUAUGAAACAACACACACUUGCUGCAUGGGUGGACCAACACACAGUAUACGUACAGACACAUUUUAGUCAUGUUGGUCACAUUUUUUAACAUACAUCUCAUAAAUACUGGACUGCUUGUAAUGCAGCCUCGCAGCCUAGUGAUCUGAAUGUUGAUGUGUUAGUUACCCAGAGAGGUGAGUGAACCGUAUUUGAAUUCCUGAGCUACAGCUUGGGCCGAAAAUAAAAUAUAUUUUUUUUACCUGAAACUUUAAAUGCAAACAAAGUAAAAGCACAUCAAGAGUUGAUGUUGUUUCCUAGAUCAAGAUACCAUAAAAUCCCAAAUAUAGGUUGUAUCAUUCUACAGAUGCAGUGUGUUUUGAGAACAAGGAGACUUCCCUUGCAUUCAGCAGUGUACAGUUUCUGUGCAGAUGUGUAGCUCUUUGUUUUGGUUGUAACUCUUAUGAGGCUGUCAUUUUUUAUCUCUCAGAAUAUUUCAGCCCAGCAGACUCAUAAUUGGAGGACAUGCUUUGGAAUAAAAACAGGGUCAUUUCUCUCAGGUACACACAGUCACUAUUUAUUUUUAGUUUUAUAACUAGUUACACACAACAUACAGUGCUUACAUGUCGGUGAUUCUGUACAGAGCUCAUACUAUUGGACACACUAGUAUUUGGACACAUCAUGCAACACAGUAGUAAUUUCCUGUGAUGACUCAGACAGGGCACCAUGUGUGUGUGUUUUUGUGUGCGUGUGUGUGUGUGUUGGUUGAGGGGAUUAAUAGACUGAGCAACAGCUGACUGGAGUGUUGUUCAGUCCACUGUAGAUAACAGGCUGAAAUGUCACGUCAUGAAUACUAAUUUAUUAUCAAGGAUGGUCCAUAUUUUUGCUGUUAUCACCUGUUUCAGCCUCAUAUUGGCGAACACCUCUGAAAAAACCCUGGUGUUAUGAGAUGUGUUCUCAUUUUUGAUGAGAUGCUACUGCACACGGUGUGAUAUAUUUACUGAGAACGUUGGUGGGUUGUCUAGUUGAGGGCAUGAUGGUGAAACUUGUCACGCCCCUCUGUCCUCAUAACUUACAGUUGAUCUAUCACUGCCCUCUGCUUCACUUUCACUAGCUCUACAUUAAUAUCCUGUCUAACAUGGAUGCUGUGCUGGCUAUAUAUUUGCUCUCUGAGUCAUUGUGAACGCACAACACCCAAGGAGAUGCAAGACCUUCCAAGAUUAUUAUACUAGUCACUAUUAGAGCAUAAGUUCACAACAAGUUUUUCUUUAAUUUAUUUUGAUUGUUUGUUUUUGCAAUGGGCCAGCAAAUCUGAACAAAAGGUAGAUCCAUCUGUCAUCCAUCAAGGAUCAAAUUUUAGAUGAAGAUCUGAAACUGGCUCCUGAAUAUUUGUCCAAGACUCACACCUUUUUGAGAACAAAGCUUUAGAGACGGUUUUUAGCACUUAAUUUAACAGGGAAGAGAAGAGACACAGGAAAAGUAGAGAGUAGAGGAGGACAUAUACCAAAUUGCAAUGGGACCAGGAGUCUGUCUUUUGACCAGUAUUUUAAGGACUGUAGCCACUGCUCAUUGGACGCCUGCUAUACUGAGAGAGAGGAAAACAUUUUGGUUUAAAACACAAUCAAGAACUAAUCUUGCACUAAAGUCAUACCCACUGAGAAACAAACUUAAACUUGGAUGAAACAGCACAGUGGUGUGACAGCGCCUCCACACGACCAUGUGUACUGGCUCUGCUGGUUCUUCAUUCUGUUGCAGGUCCAGGUCUAGGAGGGGUUGUCAUGAGGGGAGGUGAGUUACACCUGGGCCCAGUGUGGCCCUCACCAUAAAUCCUCCUCUCUAAUUAGUUCUGGUGCUCUCCAUCCCCUCUUAAAAUCCUGUGUGGAGUUCAUGGUGCAGCUGUUACUCACCUUUUGCCUCACACUCUCAACACACGCACAUACACUCAUAUGUGUCCGCUGAUACUGAUCUCUGCUGUCUUAGUUUAUUUGCUUUACUGUGUCAAUAAAUCUCUCAUUCUGCUA